AUGUCUACGGAUCCAGCAGCGGUGCCUACCGAAGGCUUAGGGGAUUCUGAACCCAAGCCCGACAACGCCCGACGUGCCUCUGCUGCCAAUAGACGGUCGCGUCGGACCGAACCCAAGCCCAAAAAAGAGAAAGAAGCCAAGGAGAAGCCAGCUCGAGCGACGCGUCGACCGCGGGAAAAAUCCACAACGACCGCCGCGUCUCGAAAGAAGGCCAAGUUGGAGCCCUCGACUGAUGGCACAGUGGAUGUGGCCGACGCCCGCAGCCCGGUCGAAGUAGUGACAGCACAGCCAACUCAACCCCAAUCCAUCCAGUCAAUUCAGUCAAUCCAGUCCGCUCCGCCAGCUCAACCAGCUCAACCAGCCCAAUCACCGUACUCACAAAGCCCACAUCCCACAGCCCCGGGAGCUGCAUACCAGCUGUCCCAACCGCUGCAACCCCCGCGUCCGCAAUCACAACCGCCAGCGCCACCACCACAAGCGCCUCAAAGGACCAGUGGACAAAACUUCGACCCGAUCCGAUCUGCCUUUGACAACCCUUCUCCGGCUCCAGCAUACAGCCCUCCGAUUCACGCAGUCUCGCCCCAUACCGCUUAUCGCGCCAGUGCAUCGCCAGCCAUUUCGAGCAUUAUCGAUCCUCCUCAAACCUCCCAACCUAUCUACACUCCCCUUCAACGUACCUCCUCUGGCCAUGUCUCUGGUCUGUCUUCACCCGCACCGCCGGCAAUGGCUCCCACGCCUACCCACCCAUCCCUAGCCCCAUCGCCCCUCCCCGUCUCGUCGCCUUCUCAUGGAGCUGUGCACACACCACACGCCUUCGCCCAACCCAAUCACUACACAACCCCAUACCCACCUACGGAGCAGCGGCCAGGGCAGUCACAACCUCCAACCCUUGAGCUUUCUCCUCCUGCUAUGCGCCAAUUCCAACCCCAACCUCAAUCCCACGCGCAACCGGAAGUGGCAGUGCAGCCGACCCCGCCCAAACCCCAGCAGUCCGAGAGCAUGGAACUGGAUCCAAAGGAACAACCAAAGGAGAAACCCAAGGAACAACCACAGGAGCAAGCAAAGGAACAAUCCACUCCUGCCACCAAGAAGGAAAAAGGAACGGCGACUCCUGCCUCCAAGGCUUCAUCGCCUAAACCGGCUCGGCCUGCCAAAGAGACCCCACAACUACCGCAAGGCUCUGGCCUGAUCAGCAACGCCCUCUUUGGAGUAGAUGAAUCUGCCAAAUCGCCAGACUCGCGCAGCACCCCGAAUAUCAUUGUCCACGUUCCCCUAGGAAAGGGAAACCAGAUUGUAAAUUUCGCACGACUGGCCGAAGAACAAUAUGGUUUCGCGGCUUUACAUCCACGUCUGGCUGCCCACAAAGCGCGCCUGGCCCGCGUGGCAGCUGCUGGGGCUGCAUUAGAGCGCAACGACAAAAACGCCAAGGGCAUUUCCGCUGGCGAAAGUGCCGACGAAGAUCUGAGCCUGGAUGCUGAGCGUGAUAGCGAUGUUGAUGGUGAUGUUACGAUGGGUGGCACUGGCCUCGGAACAAACGGUGCUCCCUCUGAAGCAAGUGACGGGAAGAAGAAGCGCCGCAAGAAGGUCGAAGAAUAUGACCGUGACGACCCCUUUGUUGAUGAUAGUGAGAUGGUCUGGCAAGAGCAGGCUGCUGCUAGUAAGGAUGGUUUCUUUGUCUACAGUGGGCCACUGGUACCAGAGGGAGAGAAGAUCCAAGUGGAGCGGGCCGAUGGUACCAUCAAACGCGGUCGCGGCCGCGGCCGAGGAACAGGCCGGGGUCGUGCGGUGGCUUCUCACCCUCACGUCCCCAUCGCCGCAGCUGUGCCCAUUUCCCAGGAUACCGGUCUCCCGCUACGCGGACCCGGUUCACGAGGUGGCACCACGCGCCGUCCUCGUGGCAGUAAGAAGGCUGAUGUCGAGAAGCACGCUGAUCGCAACGGCACCACUGCCUCCGCCGCACAGGAAGGCCGUGGUGGUCGUGGCGGCGGCGCUGCCAGCUCUGGUCGUGGUGGAAGCUCUAGCGCUCGAGGCGGGAAAACUUCUGCUCCUGUGUCUACUCCCUCCAUCCCGAUGCCGGAGCUUGCGCCGUCGCCUUCGACGCCUACUGCUGCUCCUCCUGCUCUUUCUCCUGCUCCUGCUCCUGCUCCGCCUGGUCCUAGCCCUCUGGCUGGACCCGAGCUUAUGAUGAAAUAG